AUGUCUCCUAACCUUUAUUUAUCACUACGAUCUACAUUAUCCGGUUACACGAUUGCUCCAUUACUGCCUUGUUAUAUGGACAAAAUGAAUAGGAAAUUCAACUUUGACUUUGAUACCUCGUUUGCUACGGUAGAUGAGAACUGCGACGACGCAAUGGAUGUCGUGCUGUACGAUGACUGCUGUGCUUCGUUGAGUACGCAAGAGAACGACUCGCCAAACUCUACUAUUGAUCUCAAUACUGGUACUGUGGAGGAAUGUACUAAUGACACUAAUAUUGGUUCUGCUAACCAGAAUACGGUAUACAAUGAUGGACAUACUACGAUACAUAAUGGUAGCCAAAACACGGUAUCCAAUGGACAAAUAGCAGUAUGUGCCAAUAACCAACUAGUACCUACUGGCAAGAAUACAGCAUCAACUAGAAGCCCAAGAAAUGUCACUAAUAUGAGUAAAAUACCAAAUGACCCACAAGCUACAUCUUCAAACAGUAUCGUACUCCGUAACUCCAUCAAACGUCGUCGUAUACCAAAACCAGUGAUGGUUGAAAACAAGCUGAUCAAACUUGAACCUCAACAUUCUCCAUUACCUCAUACGUUGCAAAUAAAUGAAGACAGUAAAGUUUGGUAUACCAAGUUAACGAUGGAGGAUACCCAAGAAUGUCCUCAAGCCUCUACAUCUUCUGCCAACUCACGCCACUUCAACCACAGGUCUCGUCCUACAUCAACAGCACAUUCGUAUGCAAAUCACGGUUCCAACAACUCUUACGAAGAUACGAACCAAGGCAGUGAAGAUGACGAAGAAGACAGCUCGUAUUCGGGGUCAUACGACGGUAACUUGUGCAUGGUAUGUGGGUUCAAGUGUCCACACAAGAACUACGGUGUCUAUUGUUGUAACGCGUGCGCGGCCUUCUUUCGGCGAACCAUUAAGCAACGGCGAUCGUAUGUUUGCAUCAAAGGACGUAAUUGUAACAUCGGGUUUGGUGGACACAAAAGGACAUGUCGGUAUUGCCGCUUUAAGAGAUGUGUGUUUGCUGGAAUGAGCAUUGAGUGUAAGUUUGAUGUUAUGUAACAUUAUUGAAGGUUUGCUAACCAUGCUUCUGCUGACUUUCUUAUUAGUGCUCAAAGAUAAGUCCAUCGAAAAGAGUCCAGAGUUUUUUACCGUCAAUAUUAAUCGUUAAAACAGAAGUUUACUAUCUUUAUGUUGUAGAUGUUAUGACACGAGGUGAUGAAUUCAUGUUUGACCCAGCCUUGGACAAUGACAUGAUAAAGCAGAUGGCAAUAUGGUUCACCUCCACCUUUGUCGACCGCUUUCGCUCCUUCGAACGAUCGUUUGCCAAUACCAACAUACAAAGAAGCGAAGGGACUCUGAACAACUCUCUACAUACGAUGUUUGUUGAGUUCGAUGUGAUGAGAACAUACGUUCAAACCAGUGGCCUUCUGAAUUACUUGAAUCCAGGAGAUGAAAUCACGUUUCUGAAGAAGUUGUUCUACAAAUGGCUGUUUGUUCAAUGUGUCUUCAACACAUUGCGGCAUGGUGGACAUAGAUCUAACAGACUGUACUUGGUAGACGAUUCAUCAUUGCCGUUGGAGUCAAAGUAUCAUAAGGAAUAUGUCAGGUCGAUGCCUAAUAUAAAGAACGCUGAGUAUGUUGGACAAACACAUUAUGAUUUGAUGCAGCAAGGGAUGAAGGAUGUGUGGAUGUUUCACCAUGCAAAUGUUGAUGCUACUGACUUUUCCAUCUUCAAUCAUUUGGUGUGCUUGAAGACUGGUAUGUUGUUUUUUUAUAUUAUUAUAUUGUAAAUAACAUGAGAACGUAAUUUUCAUUUUGAAUUUCAUAGUAUUAUGAGUGCAUUUUUAAAUAGCAACUUAAGUUUUCAUCUUAUAAUGUCUACUACAAUAUGAUUGUUAACUUUUUUCAGUCAAAGAAAUGUACCCAGAGAACACUCGAUUACAAGAUGAGAUGAAUAUUGUGUUCAAAGCCGCUCAUCGUUACUACAAACUGGCAUUCAAAGACUAUCCAACGAGAAUGGGCAACUUGAUCUUACUCAUGAACGAAUCAGAGGUAGGUACAAGAGAACUUAUAUUCUCAUAUACCCUGUCACACAUGUAUAUUCCAUACACUUUUAUAUUAUAGUCGGCUCUGGUUUAUGUUGUCCGUUGGCUAAAAACAAAAUAAUUGUUGAACUUUUCAGAUGUUCACGAUGAAGUUUCAAGAGUGGGUAGUCGUAAUGACACUAAACGGUGUAGCCUCGGCACUAGAAGAAAUCGAGAAACAUUUCACAAAGUACGGUAACUACAACGCGUACGAAAGCCUGGUCAGCUAUGUUCAAAGCACGCCGCAGUAA